AGCAUUUGGUGCAAGGGAUCCAUUUUCGCCUUCCGCGUGAUCAGCCCACGAUUAUUGCCAGUCUUUGGCGUCAAAAGCACGGCCCCCUGCCCAGCAAAGCCUGCUUGCAUACUUCUCGAUAAAAAAAAAAACUCGCGGAUUAUAUACAGGAUCCUCAUUUUUUCGCUCCACUCUUUCCUUCUUUUCCUAGCCUAUCUGCUCUUUCUUAUUUAUUCGUUGCGAAGAGUGAGAGGUGGCUAUUGAAAUUUACCGCACACGCACCCACAUUCAUCACUAGCACUCCCACGCCCUUUUAUAUAUUUCUGUCCGCAGAAACACAAGGAUGACGGCACGGUUGAGACGGGGGACUGGGUCCAUGCAGACGCUGGGCGCAAACAUGGAACAGUGGCUGUUUAGAAAGGACGACAUGCAGAACACGCCGUCGUUGACAAGCAGCGACUACUCGACACCUGUGGGCAAGAUCAUUACGCUAGAGGACGAGCGGUUACGACGGAAUAAAGGGUGUGGGUUUAUCCACAACGUCGUGCGCAGACUCGAGCUGCCGCAGCUGGUAGCGUCGACAGCAUGUGUGUUUUUCCAUCGAUUCUUUAUGCGUCAGUCGCUGGCCGAUUACCAGCACCUGGAAGUGGCUGGAUCGUGCGUAUUCCUGGCGACCAAGGUGGAGGAGCACAAGCGGAACCUCAAAGACGUCGCAUACAAGUGCGCGCUGGUAGCGACCAAGGGCAACGAGGCCGAGUCUGUGCGCAGCCGGGACAACUGGGUCAAACUACUGCAGCGGCUAGAGAUCACAGUGCUCGAGAACUGCUGCUUUGACAUGCAGAUUGUGCACCCGUACGAGUACAUCUCGCAGCUGGUCAUUGAAAUGAACAUAUCGGUAGAUGUGGCCAAGGCGGCGAUGGCGCAUGUCAACGACUGCCUGCGGUCAGUGAUUUGUCUGCUAUAUAGGCCCGAGGUGAUAGCUGCGGCUGCUGUGGCGUUUGCGCUGGCGAUCCGAGGCGAGAGAGUUCCAGUGGAGCAGCUGUUUCACAGCCCGGUGCUGGGCUUGACAGCGCAGGACGAGCAAGCAGUGAACAUGUGCUUGGAGGAUAUAGCAGAGUUCUACAGCCGCGAGGCCGACUUGGCGAUGGAGCAUAUGCGGCAAAUGAGCAGUCGGCCGGGAAGUGGUGGAUGACAUGGGCAGUAGUCGGCUGCUCCAACAAAAAUCAUACAAAUUACACGCACUAGUUUUCCCUCCCCCCUUUUGUCAGACAACAAAACGAUAAUUCCUCUUUUCUAUGUCUCUCCCGUCCUUCCUCAGAUGAUUUGUACAAUAUACCACCAGUCAAAC